UUAUCUCGUUAUGCAUCAACCAUAUCUUAAGCUGGUGCCACAAAAGCUUGCCAGCCACAUCAUCCUUAUGGCAUUACCGCGGGUUUAGUUUCACUGAGACUUUGGGCGUCUGAUUGACAAGCGUGUUUGGCCAUGGAUGAUGUUAAAUAGUUCCAAUCGAUGUUCAACGCACACGUACGCCUGGCCCUGCUGUCAUUUCCCGGUCUUAACGCGCUAAUUAAUCGGAUAAUACGUACGGAUGGGGAUGACGGAUCGCCGCAUGGCGGAGAAGUGCCACUGGGCGUUGCCAUCUCCACAUAACGGAGCGCUCUUCUCGCGCGCAUAGUUGAAGGUGAUGGAGUGUCCCAGGAUACAAAAUGCGCAUAAAUGCGUAUGCUAUUAGGUCGUAACGCGUUAUUGAAUACAACUGGUGGCUGAGUAAGGAGCGCAGAAGAAGGUACUUACGCGCUACAGUUUGCUUCAUAACGAGGAAGCUUCCGUUGGGGGCUGUUGGGUACUGAGCUCUUCUCGGGGCUUACUGAGCAGAUCCCUGGGUGGAAACAACCACGUACGGAACAAUGCACGUCGUUUGGGCUUCAGCAACGCUGCUUUCCUUCUUGUUGUCAUUGCAAGCGGCCCAAGCACAAACAGGACUUCAGCUGACCCUACCGGCAAAAGUCAACGCCAUAGCCGGAGAAGAUGUCGUUAUCCCGGCCACUUACACCACCAGCAGGCAGCUGAACCUGAUCGAGUGGAUCAAACGAGACAGCGUCGACCAGAAGGCUACCCAAGUUUACACCUAUAACCCCCUGUUAGGAAACUCCAAAUCUUACGGGCAGUUUGCUGGUCGAGCCCGUAUCGAGGACCAGGCGUCUCUGAGGAUCAUGCGGGCGGCUUCAGGUGAUGCCGGCAGGUACUUCCUGAAGAUCAUGACGGAUGAUCUGGUCACUGAAGAAGCCAUCACUGAGCUGGUGGUGUUAGUGCCACCGGAAGUAAAGGUUGGUCCCCCGGGUCCACUCGUCGUCACAUCCGGUAAAAGCGUGACCCUGAAGUGUACCGUCUUCAACGGCAGGCCCAACAACAUCUCGUCCUUGUGGUGGGAGAAGGACAACAUGCCGGUAGAACAUCUGAGACUGGAUGGGAUGAAGUACUCGGGAGGAACGAUGAAGAUGCCGUCUCUGGUCGUGCGGUUUGUGGACAGGAUGGACGCGGGGAGGUACACGUGUGCCGUACGACAUCCUGCCUCGUCUCGACCCAUCAAAGCCAGCUUGACUCUGAAAGUUCAAUAUCCUCCUAGUGUAACGCGAAUCUCCGAGUCUCUGAUUGCCACCGCGGACGACGUGCUCACCCUGGAGUGCAUCGCUGACGGCUACCCCCUCCCUAACGUCACGUGGACCCGAGACGGGGUCCGACUCCCCUGCAAGCCUCAGAACCUACCACACAACCUACGGGCGUGCUCUCAGGUCUUCGACAUGUUGAGGAUGAAUGACACGGGAUCUUAUAAAUGCUCCGCCACAAAUGGUAUCGGUGAUGGGGACACUAAGGCCUUGUUUGUGACAGUCAGACCACCUACAAAAGGUUUGGACAUGUUCACGAUCGCCAUCGCCACUGGGGUCCUGGUGGGUUGUCUGUGGCUGGGUCUGUGCCUGGUUCUCCUGGGCUGUUACAUCAGGAAGAGACAACACGAGAAGGAGAGAAACAAGUUCGCCUUCUACUACAAUCUGAUCGGCAGGGGGGAGGGCGCCAUUGAAGACAAGACGGCCGCUACAGCAUCCACAACAGACGGUCCGAAACCACCAGACAAACCCAAGAUGUCUCCAUUAAAUACAGGGAUAGGCACCCUUCGAAAAAACAAGAAGGGCCAAGACAGACGGUUUGCCAGAGUGUUGUACCCGUACUCACCAACAGACGAAAACGAGCUGCAGCUGGACAUCGAUGACGUCAUCGAGGUACUGGAGGGAGAAAAUGGCGGCUGGUGCCUAGGCUACCUGAAGGGAAGGAUAGGCCUGUUCCCUUCAAAUUACGCAGUGUUUCUGCCCACUACAGAGGCGAAAAAGGCGGUGGCGGCACAGCUUACAAACAUUGAAGGGAAGGGAAAACUGAGUAUCUAACGUGAGGUGGUGGAAACAGGGGCGGAAGCAUCCUCGCGUGUAACGUGCACUCUCACUGCACUUGCGUCAAGCUGGCGUCAUUGCGGGGUUCGUUCAAUGCGUCACUGUUUUGUUAUUUU